AUGACCAGGAAACGAUCUUUGAGUUCCCGACGGCGAUCAAGCGCACAGUCUUGGCAAUGUGUUCAAGACUGUUGGUAUUGCGCCGUUCCCGAUCCACGUGAAGAGGGGCAUCCGCGCGCAAGGGCGCAGGCUCUUCCUGGUGGGGCACGGAAGGUGAUCACCGACGCGAUGGGCGGUUCGAGAUUGGCCCCCUACGGCCUCGGUGGCACGAUCAUUGCGCUGAACACGCCAGAAUGCCCGCGCGCGCUGCUGCAGUUGAGGAUGGGUGGCGGCAUCGUCGAGCACGCCAUUACUGAAGCUGGUUAUACCAACCUUGGUAUUCAAGCAUCUUUGCGGGCGGCCCAGGCUGCCCUUGUCGCCCCCUGUUGA